AUGGAUGAGAGGCGUGUGGCCCUGGGCCUGGUGGUGGCCCUGGACUACUCCAACCCCUGGCUUUCACCCUACCAGGAGUUCCAGCGCUUCAAGGCCCACCCCUUCGUGGCGCGCACCCUGCAGGGCGGCACCUGCCUGCAGUAUGGGGCCCGCUCCCUGAACGAGGGCGGAUUCCAGUCCAUCCCGGCUGCAGCCUUCCCGGGCGGCGCCCUCAUAGGCUGCAGCGCCGGCUUCCUCAACGUACCAAAAAUCAAGGGCAGCCACACCGCCAUGAAGAGCGGCAUGCUGGCGGCAGAGGCGGCCUUUGAGGAGCUCAAGAGGAGCCCAGAGGGCGACAAGGCGCGCUGCUUUUGUUGA